AUGAAUAGGGUUGGCAGUGUGAGGAAUAGCAAGGAAACCAAUAUGGCUGAAUUAAAGUGGAUGAGAGUGAGAUCCCCCAGAAGCGGCCCCUCAGCACAGACACUGAGCACCGUCAGUCAGGAGGCCCCGCCGCCCAGGAAGUCCCACCUCAACUGCUCCUCCCAUGGCCCUGAGGCUGAGAUGGCUGCCAGCCAUUGUCCCUGGGGUCUGGAGCCUCUGGCCUGCCGCUCCCACCGCGAGGUGCGCAGCGCAGGCCUCCACGAUGGGCCACGCACUCUCAAGGGGCUCCCCACCGCCCCGGGUCCUGCCGCAGUGCCUUAUGGGUGA